CUGAGGCUGAGAUUUUUACGACCCUUUUCGACUCCCAUCUCCAUCUCCCUCUCCCGUCUCACAAAUGUAUAUACACAUUUAUAGCUUCGUCCGCAGCCUCUGUUUGGUUGGUAGCCUUACCGAUUAGGUGAAGGGCAGAAGAAGACAUGAUCGCCUCAGCGACCGCCGCCUCUUCGUCGUCGCUGGCGAUUGCCGUCCCCCACAGCGGUCGACUUCGGAAAUCCUCCCUCCUCCUGUCUCGCACCAAUAUCGCCGUCAGAAGGAAUUUCCCAAGUGUGGUGAAGGCAUCAGCUCGCGUCGAUAAAUACUCUAAGAGUGACAUAAUUGUUUCACCAUCCAUUCUCUCUGCUAACUUUUCCAAGUUAGGCGAGCAGGUUAAAGCUGUCGACGUGGCAGGGUGUGACUGGAUUCAUGUUGAUGUAAUGGAUGGACGCUUUGUGCCAAAUAUCACAAUAGGACCUUUAGUUGUUGAUGCCUUGCGCCCCGUAACUGAUCUUCCAUUGGAUGUGCAUUUGAUGAUCGUAGAACCUGAGCAGCGGGUUCCAGAUUUUAUCAAGGCAGGUGCAGACAUUGUCAGUGUUCAUUGCGAACAGUCGUCUACCAUUCACUUGCAUCGGACAAUUGAUCAGGUAAAGAGUCUGGGAGCAAAAGCUGGAGUUGUUUUAAACCCUGCAACCCCAUUAAGUGCCAUAGAGUAUGUGCUAGAUGUGGUGGAUCUUGUCUUAAUUAUGUCAGUCAAUCCUGGGUUUGGUGGCCAGAGUUUUAUUGAAAGUCAGGUGAAGAAAAUUUCAGAUUUGAGGAGGUUAUGCGCUGAAAAGGGUGUGAAUCCAUGGAUUGAAGUGGAUGGUGGUGUUGGUCCUUCAAAUGCAUAUAAGGUUAUUGAAGCUGGCGCUAAUGCUAUAGUUGCAGGUUCUGCAGUCUUUGGUGCCAAAGAUUAUGCAGAAGCAAUAAGAGGCAUAAAGACUAGCAAAAGGCCUUUGGCAGUUGCAGCAUAAAGGACAUUCUCCCCAGUAAGGAUUACUUGGAUGGCUUUAUUUAUCGGGGUUCACUCCACUCAACAAAAAGAAAAUAAAGAAGUCUACGACGGCAUCCGAUCGACUGUUCAAUGACGCUCGAAGCUAUUUUGUGCUGAUAUAAGUAUUCCUUUUACAAAUUAUGAUGUAACUUGAAAUUGCUGAGAGUUGUUUAUUAUAAGUUGCAGUGAGAAUAAGGAUGUGGAUUAUAAUUCUAUUACAUUAUCUAUACUCUCCUGUUUAUUCCCUUGA